AUGGGGGCAAUUUUCUCAAAGAUAUGGUCUGUCAUUUCGAGGUGCGUAGCGAGAACCACUUUCGCAUAUCCCGAUGCUCUCGGCCGAGACAGUAUCCGACUCGUCCAUUUCAUCAAGCCAAAGUGGUACUCCUUUGGUCUCCAGAGUCCCAGACUCGUGCUCUCAGCUUAUCCCAUACACGAUUUGCCCAAGUUUGUUGCUCUUUCCUACACCUGGGGCCAUCCCCAUAAUCAGAAUCCCGGUGUGAUCAAGGCAUAUCAGCAACACUUCCCCAUCUACGUCAAUAACCAACAAUUCCUCGUCCUCAAAAAUUUGAAGGAGGCCCUGUCUAGUCUGCUAUGGUUUUGGGACUUCAAUGAUGAUGUUCAGCAUUUAUGGAUUGAUGCUAUUUGUAUCAACCAAGACGACAUCGCUGAACGAGCGGCUCAGGUGAGUAUUAUGGACCAAAUAUUCAUGCGAGCGCAAACCACGGCAGUUUGGCUUGGGCAGUCCAACCCGGGGAGAUGGGAAACCCUUAGAUUCUUCGACAAGAUGCUGAAGGUGCCAGCAGCAGAUUUGAUGCCUUAUUAUAAAAACUUCCCCAACGGUCCUCCUCCGCCACCCGAGUUCUGGGAACGUCAUGGCCUGCCAAGAAUUGACGAUGCCAAGGCAUGGAGGCCAUUGACGCAGUUCUUUGAGCACCGUUGGUUCAACAGAGUCUGGAUCAUACAAGAAGUCACCCUAUCUACGAAACAAGUUGCCUUGUUUUGGGGACAUCAUGCCUUACCAUGGGUGGACCUUGGGCAUAUUUCUUUCGUUGGCCAGGUCGCCAAGGUUGGCAAACUUAACUCCAUAAUAGCUGCGGGACAUUGUGACCCUCUCGAUCAAGAAGCGAAUCUGAAAAGAGAUUGGGCUGUUUCUGACCCUUUGACGAAUGCCUUUCAAUUAUAUCACAGCCGACAAAGAUAUUUAGACAGAUCUCAAGGGACUGCCGACGAUACGCUGCUUGAUGAGAUGAAAUCUCUUACUGGGGCUAAAGUCCCAAGUGCCUCAUCCUGGCUGAUGUAUUUCUGCAUGGUCAAUCGAUGGACAGAUGCUUCAGAUCCGAGAGACAAAAUAUUUGGCCAACUUGGACUUGUGAAUCAUAUUGUCGAGCAAGAUGGUCUUGAACCAAACAAGAUUCAAGCCGAGUACUCAUCGCAUGUCACCCCGCAUCAGGUGUACCAGCGACUCAUGAGUCAAGUCACGGAAGAGACAGAUAGCCUGGCCGUGUUGAUGGCUCUGAAUGACCCUCCGCAAGACGGCGACCAUCAUCUCCCGUCUUGGGUUCCGGACUUUUCAAGACGGCGCGGUCUCGAUCUUAUGGCAUUGAUUCGACCGCAAUUUGAUGUUUGCAAGUCGAUUUCAAAACUGAAUAAAACCGGAAGGAGAAGAAUCAAGAUUUCUGGUUCGACCAUGCACGCUGAAUCGAUCAAGAUUGGGCAUGUAAAAACUCUCAGCGCCUCACUUGCCGACCUGAUUGGGCCGCGAUGGCAUAGUUGGCCUCAAGACCUUUUAUUUCUGGACCCGAUCUACUCAUGGACUGGGGAAUCCCGCGUUGAAGCCUUUUGGAGAACUCUUUUGAUGAACUCCGUGGGCCGGAACUACCCAGCUCGGUGGCCUGAUUCACAAAACGGCGACAUGUUUCGCGCCUAUAUUUUACAGAACAUGGCGCAGCAUUUUCCCGGAAGUGGCGAUGCGCUCGACAGGUAUCUUCCAGACCUUCAGGGGAUCAACGAGCUUGCCAAGUCUGAUUCCUCAGGACAUUUGCCUUCGUUCACAGGUUUAGAAAGUCUAACGACACAAAUUCUGAACAUAAACUUGAACCAUCCGGAGGCAUUUACAGAAGAGUUGAUGGCAACCAAGUUGGCCGAGUGUAG